AUCAGCUCCUCCCUGCUAGUCAGAGACACUCCAUUUUGGGCUGGGAUCAUUGUCUGCCUAGUGGCCUAUCUGGGUUUGUUUAUGCUUUGUGUCUCGUAUCAAGUUGACGAACGGACAUGUAUCCAGUUUGCCAUGAAACUGCUCUACUUUGUGCUGAGCGCCUUUGGCCUGGUGGUCUGCGUGCUGGCCGUGGCGUUUGCCGCCCACCACUAUGCACAGCUCACACAGUUUACCUGCGGGACCACGCUCGACUCCUGCCAGUGCAAACUGCCCUCCUCUGAGCCCCUCAGCAGGACCUUCGUGUACCGGGAUGUGACCGACUGUGCCAGCAUCACCGGCACUUUCAAACUGUUCUUGCUCAUCCAGAUGAUUAUGAACUUGGUCUGCGGUCUUGUGUGCUUGUUAGCCUGCUUUGUGAUGUGGAAACACAGAUACCAGGUCUUUUACGUGGGUGUCAGGAUAUGUUCCCCGACACCCUCUGAAAGUCAGCAGCAAAAGGUCUAACAUUCUUGCUCAAAGGUGGGAGAGAGAAGAGCACACUGACUAGCUGAGAUUUUUUUUUUAAGAAAAAAAAAGAGAUAAGAAAGGAAGAAAAAAAUUAGCUUUUGACAAUGAAAAAUAAUCACUGUUCUAAAUGAAUAUUUUUAUAUUUUUCAGGAAAGGAAAGAAUAGUUCCUUAAGUUUCCAUGGUAUUUUUAAAAAAUCCUUCAGCUCCAAGCUGCCUUGGGAGUAUUAAAAGAACACAGAACAGGGAAAGAAUGUUGUAGAUCUAUUGUUAGAGUCUGGAGUGGAUUCCUAAUACACAUUUUAUCUAUCAUUUAUAUAAUCUUCCCUGUUAGUCCAGUUUGACUUGGACAGUUUCAGGCCCACUUGCUAAAUUUUGUAGCAUCUUCCUCCAGGCCUCCCACCUUCCGCCAUGAUCGUCCCUACAACUCUGAGAAAGACAGGGGGCAGGGGAAGAGCUGAACCGCCAGGAUGACUCUCUUUUUUCCCCUGGUAGGAUGAUUUCAAGGCAUGAAACAGCUUAAAAGAGCAGAGUAAAAAAGAAAGAGACUUUGCAAAAGGCUAAAUAAUUAUAAACACCUGGACUGGGGCGGCGGCCUCUUCUCCGCGCCCUUGCUUUGAAUCUGUAACUUACUAAAUGCUUCGGAUGAUUGUCUGCCUCUCAAUAAUUGAAAGUUGGUAGUCGUACUUCUAAUGAUGUAGAAGGUUUAAAAAUAAUUACAUUAUGCUUCUAUUCCGUCAUCUAAAACAAGUCGUUAAAACUAAUUUCUAGCUAAUUGUUAAUUAUAAUUAUGCUCAGAAGUCUAUUUAAUGAGCCCUGGCUGUAUUUCCGUAGCACCGGCGGUAUUAGGAGAAAUUACUCUCACAAGAGAGGAGGCUUAAAGAUCCUUUCUUCUGAAAGCCAAGCUUUACAAGGGAGAAAAAAAAUUUUUUUAUUAAUAGCUCAGGUUAAAAAUACUCACUUAAACAAAACCGAGAGCAUUCAUCAUGGGAAAUGUUUAUACAAAUGGCACUUUUGUGAUAUGUUGUGAAGUAUCUCUCUUGGCAGCUAAGUACUUUGGAGGAAGAUUGGUUAGUGUUGAUGUGUCCCAUUCAUGAAACUGUAUCUGAUAUGGAAUUCUAUUACUUAUUUGUAUGCACAGUCAGCUAGAGACUUAAACCAGUGUUUUGAAGUCCUCAUUUGAACAUUUGACCAUUGACUUGGAGGGUAGUUUUUUGUUUGGUUUUUUCAGUCACUGUGACUUAAAACAGCACAAGUACCCUGUGAUGGGAAGACUUUUUUCUAAUUAUUGUUAUCAUUAAAUUUGGAACAAUAUCAGUCUUUUAAGGAAGGAGCUCAGAAUGCAAAUUCAUGUAGCAUAAAUGUUACUAAAAACUUUUAUCAGUAUGCUCUGCUGAGAGCAGAAAUUCAAGACAAUAAUUGAGCUUAAUUUGCUUCUCCUCAUUGCCUAUUGACAUAUGUUUACUAAUCAUUAAAUUCUACUCUAAAAGAAAAUCCUUUCCUUGUUUGCCUUAAGAUAGAUGAAUAAUUCCAUCAGUUGUGAUGAUAGUGUCAAUUAUUACACAAUAUAAAUAUCCAAAUAAAAAGGGAAAUGUUAAAUAAGUUAGUUGGAGGAUUGUAAAUUUUUUUAUGCCCUCCAGAUAAAACACUUGAUUAACAGAUGUUAAAACCUUUUUAUGUAUUGGCUUGCUUUAAAUAUGGCCUUCCUACACACUAGCUCAGGCCAAGAAUGCACAUUCGGGAACUUAGUGGAUCAGAUUCUGGAGCAAAGAUUUGAUCACACACAAAUUACAUCAACUCAACACCAAGACUCCUGAAAAAAUACUUUGGUCUCUGUUAAAAGAAAAAAAUCUCGGGAGGAGGGUAUAACUCAGUGGUAGAGUGUGUGCUUAGCAUGCACAAAGUCCUGGGUUCAAUCCCCAGUGCCUCCAUUAAAAUAAAUAAAUAAAUAAAAAUAAAUUACCUCCCCCACCAAAAAUUUUUAAAAAUAAAUACAUAAAAAUAAAAUAAAAUUUAAAAAAUCUCAAUAAUUGAAUCCAUCUUGAUUCUGACAGUUUCCUACCAAAAAAAAAAAAAAGAGUGAGAAUCUGCUGGCUCUUUAAAGAGUGAGAAACUAGAGCUUUAAUGCUAAUUACUAUGAAUCAGGCGCUCCUGCAAGCACACCUUGAAUACCUUAACUUUUUAUAGCAAACACUACAAUUUUUUUGUAUCAGAAUAUUAAAUUCCGCACAACAUUAAGGUGCUCUAUGCUUCACAGGCGAUUCACAGGGUAGUUCAAAUGGCAGAAUAACUCUAGCUUACAUGCUUCCUUUUUCUAAAUAAUGCAGCCACUAAGAGCUGGUGUGGUGAUAAGCUUGAUAAUAAUCAGGAUAUAUAUAUAUAUAUAUGAUGCAUAUAUAGCAGGGAUUUUGCUAUUGUGUGAUCGAAUAAUUCUUAAAUCCCUAAAGAAAGAAAAAAUCAUAAGUGAAAGAAGAAACAAAAAAUAAAAUCAAAAAGGAAAAGAA